AUGUCUUCACAGCAUAAGCCGAAAGUUUGUGAUCUCCGCGUUACGGAGCUCAGAGCAGAAUUGGAAAAUCGCGAGCUUGAGUCGGCUGGGAAAAAGGCUGAUCUAGUCGAUCGUCUGAAGAACGCACUAAAAGAAGAGGGUCAUGAUCCAGAAACCUACGUGUUUGAGGACAAGCAUGCUGCUUUGAUUUCGUCAAUAAUUUCUAAAGAGAUUUCUCAAGUUUCUGCUCCCGAAGACAUGAUGGAAAUGUUAGCUGUUCAAACAUUUAUCGAUGGUCUUCGUGAUGUUGAAAUGCAGAGAACACUGCGAUUAGCUCGUCACAAGACGCUGGUCGAUGUAUUGUCCGCGGCCCUCGAAUCCGAAUCAGCUACGCAGGCCUCUGGUGAGUAUAGUGCAGUUCGAACUGUGAAAGAAGAGGACGAUGAAGCCAAACUUGACCAGCUGCAAAAAAGCAAUAAAGAUUACUCCGAUCAAGAACCAAAAGAAAAUGGCAAUAAGGAAGAUAAUGAAAUAAAUGCGCAGAAAAAAAAUGACAGCAAUUUGUGCAACGAACUGAAACAAGUAGAAAGUAGUGAAGAUAAUGAAACCAACAACAAAGUUUAUAAAAACCCGGGAGAAAUAGAAAAUUAA